AUGCGCCGCAAAGCGUGCAAUGCCUGUGUCCAGGCCAAGACCAAAUGCUGCUAUACACAACCGACCUGCUCGCGAUGUGCCAAACGAGGCCUCGCCUGCGAAUACGUUUCCACGACCAACCCAGCGAACCCCAUGCCCUCCGCCGCUUCCGCCUCGUCCUCCUCCCUCUCCGCCAACGAGCCUCCCAGACCGGAUGAAAAUCGCAUGGACACGACCGACUCCCCGUCGCUAUGGAACCGUCGCAGCCCGCUCGGCAGCUCCGGCGCCGACAGUCUCGACUCGUGGGGCUCCCAGAACUUCUUUUGGAAUCUAGAUACCAUCGAUCUUCCGUCAUUGCCCUCCUCGUCCACCAGUGUCGUCAAUGAAGUGACCCUGGGCCCGACACCGGCCAUCCAGACCAGUCAUCCGAGCCUCACAUUUCCACUCACUACACCUCCGUCGCAACCGUCGUAUAGUAUGCUGCUCGACGAACCUGCCAUGGCGCCGCCGGGUCCCGGCGUCCCCGAUCUGUCUACGCUGACCGGCCUGGCCACGCGGGAGACGAACGGCUCGCCUCAGGCCUUGCUGUCUAUCCCUGACGCGCCGCGAGCGCGCGCGUCCAACAAUAUGCAUCUCCUUCUACAAUAUCGCAAACUCCUGCUGCAGGAGGAUUUCUACUGUCCGUUCCUGCACCGGACCCUCUUCAAUGAGCACGUGCCGGACAUGACCAUUCUACCACAGACAUCCAUGGCCAUUUGCUGCGGAAGUGCCUUGGAUGUCAAAGACGCCGCGGGUUAUGUCAAGCGAGCGAUGGAUGCGCAGCGACAGAGCCUGAUUGAGUCAUACCCCACAUACCACUGCAUGGAACAGUGGGACGCGCUGCAUGCCAUGCUCCUCUACGAGAUCAUCGAGAUGGGCGUGGCGCCGGUCGACGAAUCCGAAACAUGGAAACGGAAGCGCCGCACGAAGGGACUGAAAUCGCCCUUCCUCUCCAAGAUGACCCAGUGCUUCUCGCGGUCUUACCUUGAGUCGCACGACGCCGCCCUCCUACCUAUUACCGACGGUAGCGGCUCCUGGGUCAAAUGGGCCGUGACCGAAACCGCCCGCCGCACCAUCUUCCUCGCCAACAUCGUCAACUUCCUCAGUAACCGCGAUCUCGAAUCCGGGCGCCAGUCGCCCUACUACGAGCCCCUCAACGACGAGCUUAUCAUGAACAUGCCUCUGCCCUGCAACCAGGCGCUGUGGAGCGCCCGCACCGAGGACGAAUGGCGCAAGGCCACGCAGACGGCCAAACCUACAUCCCCCACCAUCAGCGCAGGCGCCGCCGACCCGUUCGCUGCCUUCGGCACGGCUUCGGUUGUGGCGGGUAACUCGAGCGCAGCUCCGCAUAUUCCCGUCGGAGAACAGCUCCUGAAUCACCAUGUCCAACCCUCGCUCAAGCUGCUUUUCUCCAAGUUCGCCAAGGACUAUCUACGGGCGAAUUUUGCGAAGAGUGCCGGGUUUGCCGAAUCUGAUGAGCUCCGGUCGUUCAUUAUACUUUGCGCAUUGGAGCAGUUUCCGUAG